UUAUAAACAAUUGGUUUUCCAUGCGUCAGCCAUUUCUAUUUCUCUAUCUCUAUCUAAUUAAUUUCCAUGGCCAAUCACUACUCUCUUUGCCUUGUAGGAGCCAUGGAUCGUCUUUGGUUUCAUCAAAUAAUUCUCUUCCCGGAACCCAUCUCCUUUCUUUGCCAAAAAGCCCUCGAAACUGUUAAACCCUUCUCAAAGUCUCUUCCAUACUCGCCACCAAGCCUCUCUUUACCAUCUGAUCAUGAUCUUCAACAAGAACUACUUCUUCCAGAUAAUGAAGAAAUCUCGUCUGCUCCAUCUUCAAUCUCUGAUCUACAGGAUGCCUACAUUAACAGCGAUGAUGAAGACGAAGAGAAGGAGAUCCGCCAGAAGCAAAGACAGUCGAGAUCGAAUCCCAUCAGAGACAGAAAGAGCUUACAAUAUUCAUCAUCAACAUCAAUUAAUGAAAAACGUCCCAGAAGUCUUAAAAACUCAGCUGCAAGGAGGAAAUUGUAUAAAUCCAUGAGUUGUAAGACCUUGGGGGAGCUUGAACAUGAAGAAGUUCAGGGUUUCAUGGAUCUAGGUUUCGUAUUCAAGAAAGAACUCUUAAGCCCAAGAAUGAUGAGUUUAGUCCCAGGAUUGCAGAGGCUUGGGGAAUAUAAAGACCAAGAUCAAAUUAGCACCAAACUCAUUAUUGAUGUUGCUGAAGUAGUCAAAGAUGAGGAAAGUGGAGAAUUAGGAAAAGAGAAGAGAGUUAUAAAGAGACGACCAUAUUUAUCGGAGGCAUGGUUUAUAAAACGAUACGAUUCGCCACUUUUAAAUGUAAGGAUAGCAUGGGCAUCCACGGCUGCUGACAUGAAGAAAAAUAUCAAGUUCUGGGCUAGAAAUGUAGCAAUAUCAGCACUUCAGGAAUAGAUCAGAGAGUCCAAUCUCGAGAGCUGUUGAGUUUAACUGGCAACUCAUCAUGCAACUGUGUAUACGAAUAAGUUGUCUUAAUUUUUUUCGUUGUUUAUAUAUAGUUGCUUGGAUAA